UCUUUUCGCUGGCGGGCAGUGGGUCGUUGUUUUUUGUCUUACUGGAAAUAUCCUUAACCUCUUCUUCCCACGCAGAAAUCACUUUCUCCGCCGUUUCCUUAAACUGUUGUGUGCACAGAAUAUAGAGUAUCUUCUGCACGAGACUUUAUCAGAACGCUCGCGAGUCACGAGAGAACAGAAUAAGACGAGCUGCUACUAGAUGUCUCCCACGAAACCCUCUUGGAUCAUGUAUUAGAGCUGAUUAUGAACGAGAAGCCUCCAAACAGCACUAGUCUGUUUCUGAGUGAAGCCUCUGAGAAGCCACAGCGCACUGAGGAGGGCCUCCACCGUCUGUGCCGAGUGUUACAGAAGCAGAUGUCAGGAAGUCGACGGAAGAUGUGCGGCAUCACACGAGACAGCGUCAAGACGUUCCUGCGGAGGAACACCUUUGUGAUCUUCACGGUGGCCGCUGUGGCUUUAGGGGUGGUGUUGGGUUUCGCGCUGAGGCCGUAUAACCUGUCCAUGAGGGAGGUGAAGUAUUUCUCUUUCCCUGGAGAGCUGCUGAUGAGGAUGCUUCAGAUGCUCGUUCUACCGCUCAUCGUCUCCAGCCUUGUCACAGGAAUCUCCUCUUUAGACAGCAAGGCCUCUGGGAAGAUGGGAAUCCGGGCCAUCGUCUACUACAUGGUGACCACGUUUAUAGCGGUUUUUAUCGGUAUUGUAUUGGUGAUUAUUAUCAGGCCGGGUAAAGGCAGCAGGGACAGUCCAGUGACCUCUAGUGGCAGCAUUGAGCCUGUGCAGGCCGCUGACGCUUUUCUGGACCUGAUAAGAAACAUGUUUCCACCAAAUUUAGUUGAGGCCUGCUUUAAACAGUACAAAACACUAUACAAGAAAACCCUAUUGAUCAAAAAUGUCUCCAUCGUGGUCAAUGCGUCAGACCUCAACUCUACAGACCUCAGCCAAGCGUCCAACUUCAGCACAGUCCUGCAGACCAUCCAGGAGACGGUGGAGGAGGUGGUGCCUGUCUCCGGUUCCUCCAAUGGGGUGAACGCCUUGGGGUUGGUGGUCUUCUCCAUGUGCUUUGGAUUAGUGAUUGGAAACAUGAAACAGCAGGGCCAGGCUCUCCGGGACUUCUUUGACUGCCUGAAUGAGGCUAUAAUGCGCUUGGUGGCCAUCAUUAUCUGGUAUGCUCCGGUGGGAAUCCUCUUCCUGAUCGCAGGGAAGAUCGUGGAGAUGAAAGAUCUUGCUCAGGUGGGCGGACAGUUAGGGAUGUACACGGUUUCUGUCAUUGUGGGACUCCUCAUCCAUGGCCUGUUCGUUCUGCCGCUGCUCUUCUUUGUGGUGACCAAGAAGAACCCUUUCACCUUCAUAGCUGGGCUGCUGCAGGCUCUGAUCACAGCUCUAGGCACCUCAUCCAGCUCUGCCACCCUGCCCAUCACUUUCCGUUGUCUUGAAGAAAACAACCAUGUGGACAAACGAGUGACCCGUUUUGUGCUGCCAGUUGGAGCCACAAUCAAUAUGGACGGCACAGCUCUGUACGAGGCAGUGGCGGCCAUUUUUAUCGCCCAGGUCAAUGACAUGGACCUGAACUUUGGGCAGAUCCUCACCAUCAGCAUCACGGCGACCGCCGCCAGCAUCGGAGCAGCAGGCAUCCCUCAGGCUGGGCUGGUGACCAUGGUGAUAGUAUUGACAUCGGUGGGACUGCCCACAGAGGACAUUACACUGAUCAUCGCAGUGGACUGGUUCCUGGAUCGACUCAGGACCACCACCAAUGUGCUGGGAGAUUCUUUCGGUGCUGGGAUCGUGGAGCAUCUGUCCCGACAGGAACUCCAGAACCAGGAUGUGGAAAUCAGCAACUUCGUGAUCGAGGAGAAUGAAAAGCCGUACCAGCUGAUCUGUCAGGAGAACGACUCUCUCAAACAUCGCAACAGUGAAACCACCAUGUAACUAUCCUCAAACCAUCAUAGUUCACACCGACGGACUGUAAAAAAAACUCCACUCCACUUCUGUCCACUAGGGAAAAGUGAAGCCACAAUAUUCCAAUUUGAAGCACAGUCAUGAAACCACAUGCAUUUUUAUAGCAUUAAACUAAAACAAACCGUAUUAGAAAUCCAAGGUUUGCAAACAAUGGUGAUGGUUUUUCUGACAAUUGAUGACAGUUUCCUAUUAGCAGUCUAUGGAAGCCAUGGAAUAAAAUAAUAAUAAAAAGGUUUAUUUAAGAUUACAUUUAAAAAUGUAAUACAUACCUAUACCGAGAUUGUAAAUCACAAUUCUGAUAAGAAGUCAUAAGUUAAUAUCCCACAGUUCUGACUUUACAAACUCGCUAUUGAUGAGUUAAAUCAGAUCUAAAUAUACAGUCUAAACUUGCAUUUGUGAGAAAAAGUCAGAAUAGUGAGAUAAAUAGGUAAAUGUUAUGUAAAAUGGUAUAGGUUUAAAUAGUAUUUCAUGAUGUAACUGUAGGGCUACUACAAUAUGACCCAUAUGAACUCUAUAUGUGAAUAUUAUUUUGAUCUAUUUUUAAAAUCAAUUUUAGGGUAAUCACACCAGGUUUUAUCCAUAGUCUGUCCAUUUAAAAGUUAGUUUCUCUAAUCUAUGACGAUGGUUUUCUAUGUUAAAAAUUAUUUGCAUUCCAAUUCUGACAUCCAAAGGCACAACAACAAUAGACUUUUUCUCUUAUUCCAUGGAUUUUACCCAUUUUCCUCCACUUGUUAGGAACGUUUUUCUGCCACCACAAUACAUGAGCAGCUCCAGGUGAAAUAACUGUGGCAUCUACUCCAAAUUGGUCUAUAUCAGCAUGAUAAGAACUACUUAAAAUGCUGGAAACCAUGUUUUGGCUUUACUUUUUGGAACAUGCAAGGCACACUUCUUCACACUCAAAGCACUAUAGUUAAAUUAAACAUUUUCUGAAAAUUAGAGCAUGCUCAUUAAAAUGUUGGAAAGAAGACAGACGUUGAGAAUGUAAUUGAUAGCCAAUAAGAUUUGUAAAUGCUAUCUCACAACAAAUUCGUAUGUAUUUUAUGGAGGUGGCUAAUUUGCAUGACCACAUUGGUGUUUUAUGCGAGGGGUAAGUCUAGGGCUGGUCAUUUGUACGAAUUCCUACAAAAAUGCCACCUCUUAAAACAAGUAUGAUUUUUCACAAAACGUACAAAUUUGAACGAACUAGCUCAUACGAAUUCAUAAGAAUUAGCCGCCUUCUAAAAUGUUUGCUGUGAGAUCGGGUAGUAAUUGUGGUUUUAUCCAUUAGUAUUUUUAUUCACUUUGAAACAAUCGAAACACAUCCAGGUCAGAGUAGCACCCAAUUACAACAACACUAUGCUAGUUUUAUAAUGCUAAUUUGAGACUGUUAAAAACCUCUUUGGUUUUUGUAAAUUGUUUAAAGUAUAAAUAUUGUUUUAGAGUUGGUUGAUGUCAGUAAACCUGCAUUAUAACUUAAUGCUGUAUUACCUCAUACACACAAUGCCAUACUCAUAGAUGAUACAUGUAGAGACAAAGGGAACAUUUUUGAGUAACUUUGAAGUUCUUAUCGUGGUUUUGUUAUCUAGGUUAACAAUAAUGCUAAUUUGUAGAUGUUUAUAUGAUAUUGAAUGAUAGUGUGAUCAAUUACUUAUAUUAUGUAAUGUUUCUUUGAUGAAUUUAGCUUUUGCCUUACUGUUUCAUACAUACGUAUAACUCCUCCCUUAAAGGGACAGUUCAUCCAAAAAUGAAAAAUCUGUCAUCAUUUAAUCACUCCCCACUUGUUUCAAGCCUGUAUGAGUUUCUGUCUUCUGCUGAACCCAAAAGAAGAUAAUCUGAAGAAUAUUAAUAAGUCAGUGCUAGCCAUUGAAGUUUAUGGUAUGGAAAAAAUACUAUGGAAGUCAUUGGCUACCAUCAAAUGUGUGGUAAAUGACAUUUUUAUGUGAACUGUUCAUUUAAGAAUGGCUUUUAUUAACAUUAUUUGUUUGAAUUCAUUCUUGAUGGCACACAUCGGCAGGAUGUAAAGUGUAUGUGAAGAGUUUUUGUUUUGUGGUGGAUUAUGUCUGAUUAUUCUAGCAUGUUCUAGUUCUCCAGCCAGUUUGUGUUGUGCUUUGCUGGUUGUUUUAAGUACUUUUUGAUGUCUGUUUUCCAGUUUUAUAAAUAUCCUCAGAUCGUGCUGCUCGUAUUGCACCUGUGUUUUUUUUGUGAAAUACUUGAAUCUACCACAAAGGUCCCAAAUCAGUAUUAGCAGAUUGGAUUCACUUCAAAAUCCUCUCUCUUAAAUUUAGAUUCACAGUAUAUACUUUUAGUAGAGAUUGCUUUAAAUAAAUGCAAACUAUGUGAAAAUGCGGUAAUGUUGUUUAAUAUUUCUUAUUUAUAAGUAUUUAUAUGGUUCCAUUUUGUACUGAACUGUUGUACUUAUUAAUUUGGAGUUUGCGUUUUUGAGUUAAUGGUCUAGUGUGGGCAUAUAUUUGACUUGAAUGAUUUGGUCAUUUGAAUUCUGUAAUAAAUGUCUCAGGAAUAAAAUUA